GUCAGGGCGCCAUUUUGUCAGCUGUCGGUUGUUUGGUUUAGUUGUGGUUAGGUUACCAAAAGUUUGUCUUUAUUUCCGUUGGGUUUGAAAAAUAUAUGUAUUUUUUGUUGGUUUGUUUGUACCUGCGUGUGUGUGUUCCUUUUGUCUGCUUUUGUUAAAAUGAGUGACACGGAAGACUUGACUGAUGAGGAGAGGGUUAAUAUACAUGAAGAAGGUGGAAUAAUGGAAGAUAAUCAAGAUAAUGACUAUACACACAAGUAUUGCAGAUCAGUCAAAUAAAUUUGAAGCUGAAAUGAGAGCGAAGAAUGGUCAGAUAGAAGAGCAUGCAUGGUGUAAGGCAUUAAGUGGUUUGAAGGUGAAGAAUACUCGGUGUGAGAAAACUGAAAAAUGAAGAAUGAAGAAAAGAAAAAAGUAAAAGCAAGUGAAGUAAAUUUAAAAGAAGGUGUCUGAAGAAAAGAUACCUAGGCCAAAAUGGGAGGUCAACAUCAAGAUCACGGAGCAGGAGUACAGCUGAACGUGCCAAGUCCAGAAGUCGAUCUGAGUCGCGUUCUAUGUCAAGGGCAUCAAACCUGUCAGGAUCACGAACAUCAUUUUCUAGAUCUCGUUCAAGGUCCAGGUCGCGGUCAUGCUCUCGACGUCGGUCCAAGUACUAUUCUCGAUCCAGAUCUCACACGCGAUCAUACAGGAGGCGGCAUAGGAGCCGAUCCUACUCCCCUGUCUACAGACGGCGGCGAAGCAACAGUCACUCUCCCAUAUCAAGAAGACGACGUCAUAUUGGAAAUAGGAGUAAUCCAAACCCUAAUAAUUGCCUCGGCGUGUUUGGCCUGAGUUUGUACACUACCGAACGGGAACUACGUGAAGUAUUUUCGCGAUAUGGACCCCUUGCUGGAAUAAAUGUUGUCUAUGAUCAACGGACAGGAAGAUCAAGAGGAUUUGCAUUUGUAUACUUUGAAAAUGUCGAAGACUCAAAAGAAGCAAAAGAACGUGCUAAUGGGAUGGAACUUGAUGGCCGACGCAUUAGGGUAGAUUAUUCCAUUACAAAAAGACCCCACACUCCAACUCCAGGGAUCUACAUGGGCAGACCAACGACCAGUGUUGGUUCUUCUCAUUACAAUGACUAUUACAGUGACCGUUAUGAUGACCGGGAUUACAGCUACAGGAGACGAUCCCCUUCACCCUAUUACAGAAGAUACAGAUCUCGAUCUCGUUCUUACACACCCCGUCGCUACUGAUGGCAUUUACCAAGUAUUUCCUACCAGUUUAAAAUGGAUGGGAACUUUUUCAAACCUACAGGGAGUUUUUUAAAACUGAAAUGAGAAUUAUUGGGCAUUGUAGUGCUUUUUUAAAAACAUUUUUAAUUAUUUUAAGCAAAGCCCUAUAAUCAGAAGUAGUCUCUCAUUUGAAAGUUUAGUUUUCUGCCUCACUAAAUUGUUUUGCUUUCAUGGUGAGUGGGAGUCUGUCUUUUUAAUGGGAGACCUACAGCAGUAUUGAUGCGUUAAAUGUUAUUGCAGUCAUAUAAUUUCUGGUACAUAUGUACUUAUUACUUUGGGAUAUUAAGCAAGGUGUCAUGACUUUUUGUGCACACUGUUUGAUUUUGCAUACUUUAUAAGGAAAGAUUCAGUUGUAAAGCUGCUUUGUGGGAAGUGAUGACAUGCAAUAAAUGUCUUCGACUCAGAA